AGUAUUUUUUGUGCGAUUUUAAAAUCCUCGGCUAAUUUAGUUUCAAACAGUGCGAAACUGAUUACACUCACUGUUCAUAAUGAUUAGACUCAGAGAAAUUAAACAUAUACUAACGGCACAGGAGGUUUCCAACUGAAGUAGAAGAAACAUAUACUAUCCUCACAACAAGUUACAAUUGACAUUUGGUACACAUUAUCACAAUUUCUCACACACAUAUAAAAUUACGGAACAAAUAUUGUCACUGUAGAAUACUUCUGGUCUUGUCGUAAUACUGAUGAAAAGGACAUGGACUUGCGUGCAAUCAGCGGCGACGUCCGGAAGAGCAGAAGGUUGUAGGAUUGUGAGCGAUUCGGUUCAGUUCGCGAAGAUGAACGACUCGGCGGCGUUAAUGCAGAUGGACAGCUCGAACUCAACUCUGAAUUACAACUAUACCAACGACUCAUUUUUCAUCCCCGAUAGUAACCAGUUCAUACUGCCGGUAUGGAGACAGGUUCUCUGGAGUACGCUCUUUGCUGGAAUGGUGGUGGUGGCCACCGGAGGAAACCUGAUAGUCAUCUGGAUAGUUCUGGCCCACAAGAGGAUGCGCACAGUCACCAACUAUUUUCUCUUGAAUCUGUCGGUGGCAGACACGAUGGUUUCCACGCUAAAUGUGACUUUCAACUACGUGUACAUGCUGAACUCGCAUUGGCCCUUCGGUAGGCUGUACUGCAAGAUAUCGCAAUUCAUCGCCAUGCUCUCCAUUUGCGCUUCCGUCUUCUCACUGAUGGCCAUCUCCAUCGACAGGUACAUGGCCAUAAUGACACCGUUGAGGCCAAGAAUGGGCAGAUCCGUUACGCUCUGUUUGGCUAUGUCCACUUGGGUUCUGGGUAUCGCCAUCUCCAGUCCUUAUCUCUUCGUAUUCACUACGUUCACAGAGAAAUACAAGAAUGGAGAAGAACGUGUCAUAUGCUACGCUCAGUGGCCAGAUGGUGCCACCAACGAAUCUCUAUAUGAAUACAUAUACAACGUAUUUAAUUUGUGGGUGACCUAUGUAGUCCCAAUUGGAUCCAUGACCUACACGUACGCCCGCAUAGGAAAGGAACUUUGGGGCUCCCAGAGCAUCGGCGAAUGCACUCAGCGUCAGAUGGACAACAUUAAGAGCAAGCGAAGGGUGGUUAAGAUGAUGAUGGUCGUUGUGAUCAUAUUCGCAGUUUGCUGGCUUCCGUUCCAUUCCUACUUCAUAGUUACAUCCUAUUUUCCGGAUAUCACGAACUCCCCGUACAUUCAGGAAUCAUAUCUGGCCAUAUACUGGUUGGCGAUGAGUAAUUCUAUGUACAAUCCAAUCAUUUACUGCUGGAUGAAUGCGAGGUUUCGACGAGGCUUCAAGCAAUUUUUCUCGUGUCUGCCGUACGUUAAUGUGAGUCCAGGUGCGUUGACGAGGCGAGAGGUCUUCACCAGUAGACGCAGAUCGUGUGUAGGAUCCCCGGACCACAACCGCAUCAUCAGAAAUGGUACAGUAAGGACGUGGCAUAAUUUUCAAAGGAGUGAGGAUACUCACUACACAAAUAUUCCAGAUGAGAUGUUGGUGGACCAGUCGAGGACCAGCAAACGCUUGAAGGACACCACCGACCUGCGUAGCUUCUCCUGACAGAAACAGUACCGCACCAAGGAGGAGGACAACGGAGUGCGGCAACAGCGGACAUGGAUAUAGGGACACGCCUCGCGGACCACCAACCAAACUGGGUUCCGCGACGGACCCAUACUAGAAACUAAGAUGUAGCUAUCUACCAAAUACACCACACUACAGCAUCGUCACCAUGCUCACAAUAUCUAUAAUCGUAAUACUGAUUUGCAACGGAGAAAAAGAAACAGCGAAUCAAAAAAAUAGUUAACAAGUAUUUAAAUAGAAAAAAAGAGUAUAAAGUGUCGACAUUUUCGUUUACUUCUUACUACACGAAACUCGUUCUCUUUUAUAUAACAGGCAGCUCGGUUGAUCUUAUUUAUUCGGAGGAUAUACUAUGUCAUGUGAAAUAUUAAAUUGGUGCAGACUCAUUAAGUGGGCAGAUGUGGUGAGCCAAAGCUCGAUUUCAUGUUGCUCCACAUACACGGUUUCCCUUUGCUGCAACUAUCUUUGAAAUCAUUAGACACACUUGAAAUUUUCCUAAGUUUCAAAACUCCAAUAAUUCGUAAUUGCUUCGAAUUUACUA